GCACGGCGGCUGAGGCGAGGUUGUGCCCCGGACUCUGUCCACCGAGCUCAGCGGCUGUUGCCUACGCGUGGAGGAGCAGCGGCGCCGAGAGGCAGAGGAGGAUCGCGGGCGAGCGCGGCGGCGGGACGUCCACGGUGGCCGCGGCCCCGGCGGCGGCCGGCGACAAUCGGCGUGGGGAAGCAGCGGCGGCCGCAGCGGCAGCCGCCUCUCCGCCACCGGGACGCCGAGGCGCGGCUGGCGGCGCUGACAUCCACGGCCCUGCCUCUCCUCCCUCGCCCCCGGCCCUCCCCAUGUGAUCGGUCUUAAUCCCGACCGUGUGCGCGCGUGGGGGCUCCAUUGCGCGGCGCCCGGUGUCGGUGCCGGGGUGGGUGCUCGCGUGCGCUUCUCCUCCCCAUCCCCCGCCCCGUCCCCAAGAAUAAAAGAAGAACCGGGAGGCGUGCUCAGAAAAUAAAUAAAUAACCAGCACACACGCGCAGCCCGGAGCGAGGCGGCGGGGCUGGCGGCGGCGGAGGAGGAGUGAAGGCGGCGGCGGCGGAGGAGGGACGCUCGGAGCCGGCAGUAACUUUCGAGCCAGCCCAGAGCCCGGAGCUCCAGCCGAGCGGUUUGCAGCGCGGCGGCGGCGGCGCUGAGUGUCUGGCCCGCUGGUGCGGUCGGGGUGUGCAGUCGGACGGGACGAGCAGCGUGUCGCUGUCCCCCCCUCCCGGCCGCUGGAGAUGUCCGAGCCCAAGGCGAUUGAUCCCAAGUUGUCGACGACCGACAGGGUGGUGAAAGCUGUUCCGUUUCCGCCAAGUCACCGGCUGACAGCGAAGGAAGUGUUUGAUAAUGAUGGGAAGCCGCGUGUGGAUAUCUUAAAAGCACAUCUCAUGAAGGAGGGCAGGCUGGAAGAGAGUGUCGCCUUGAGAAUAAUCACAGAGGGUGCUUCCAUUCUUCGACAGGAAAAGAACUUGCUGGAUAUUGAUGCUCCUGUCACAGUUUGUGGGGACAUCCAUGGACAGUUCUUUGACUUGAUGAAGCUCUUCGAAGUGGGAGGAUCCCCUGCCAACACUCGCUACCUCUUCUUAGGGGACUAUGUUGACAGAGGGUACUUCAGUAUCGAAUGUGUGCUGUAUUUGUGGGCCUUGAAAAUUCUUUACCCCAAAACACUGUUUUUACUUCGUGGAAAUCAUGAAUGUAGACAUCUAACAGAGUAUUUCACAUUUAAACAAGAAUGUAAAAUAAAGUAUUCAGAACGAGUUUAUGACGCCUGUAUGGACGCCUUCGACUGCCUUCCCCUGGCUGCACUGAUGAACCAGCAGUUCCUGUGUGUCCAUGGUGGUUUGUCCCCAGAGAUUAACACUCUAGAUGACAUCAGAAAAUUAGACCGAUUCAAAGAACCACCUGCUUAUGGGCCCAUGUGUGACAUCCUGUGGUCGGACCCCCUGGAGGACUUCGGGAAUGAGAAGACUCAGGAACAUUUCACUCACAACACAGUCAGGGGAUGUUCGUAUUUCUACAGUUAUCCGGCUGUCUGUGACUUCCUGCAGCACAAUAACCUGUUGUCCAUCCUCCGAGCCCACGAAGCCCAGGACGCGGGGUACCGCAUGUACAGGAAAAGCCAAACAACAGGCUUCCCUUCUCUGAUUACAAUUUUCUCAGCACCAAAUUACUUAGAUGUGUACAAUAACAAAGCUGCAGUGUUGAAGUACGAGAACAACGUGAUGAACAUCAGGCAGUUCAACUGUUCUCCCCACCCGUACUGGCUCCCGAAUUUCAUGGAUGUCUUCACCUGGUCGCUGCCAUUUGUUGGGGAGAAAGUCACUGAGAUGCUGGUGAAUGUCCUCAACAUCUGCUCAGACGAUGAGCUGGGGUCAGAGGAAGAUGGAUUUGACGGAGCCACGGCCGCAGCCCGGAAGGAGGUCAUCAGGAACAAGAUCCGAGCAAUAGGCAAAAUGGCCAGAGUGUUCUCAGUUCUCAGAGAAGAGAGUGAGAGUGUUCUGACCCUGAAGGGCCUGACCCCGACAGGCAUGCUCCCCAGCGGAGUACUUUCCGGAGGGAAACAGACCCUGCAAAGCGCUAUCAAAGGAUUUUCACCACAACAUAAGAUCACUAGCUUCGAGGAGGCGAAGGGCUUGGACCGAAUUAACGAGAGGAUGCCGCCUCGCAGAGAUGCCAUGCCCUCCGACGCCAACCUUAACUCCAUCAACAAGGCUCUCGCCUCAGAGACUAACGGCACGGACAGCAACGGCAGUAAUAGCAGCAAUAUUCAGUGACCACUUCCUGUUCACUUUUUUUUUUUUUUUUUGAGCUGCAGGUCAUGAUGGGAUUGCUGCAUCUCAGCAGUUGGAUGUUCUUGCCUCUGACGGUAGCUUGUUUGCUCUGGGGGCCAGGAAUUGGAUUCAGUUUACACUAUCAUGAAAUAAAAAAAAAAAAGAGGGAGAGAGAUAAUAAACUAUAUUUUGGUGAGGGUGGUGAUUAAACACCUCUUUUGGGUAUGCCUUUAAAAAAAGCUUCUAGGAAAAAAGGUUUUAAAAAGAAAGCUAAUGCUAGUCUAUACUGCAAUGUUAGGGAAGUGAACGUGUUUUCCUACUACACUGGGGACUUCUAGAUAGGUUAAUGAAAGGCCUUUUACUCUGUUACUGGACACGAAAACUUUGUCUAAUUUCUUAUACUCUAUUGUACGUUUACAGUGCAGCACUAAAAAUGGAUGAGAUCAAACAUUUUUAACGACAACAAAAAACAAUGAUGUACAAACUAAAUAAGGACUAUUUAUUGAUAAGGUUUUGCUACGUACGUCAGACAAUGGCUAGAAACUGAAUUAGGCAGUCUUUAAAAAAAAAAAAACCUGGAAAAAAAAAAGAA